CAUCCGCGGGCUUGAAGUGAUGUAAAUGCGUCACGUCCGGUCCACUACGAGUCAGAUGACGGUGCGCCGAUGUUUGUUGUGGAGUUCAUCUCAUUCACAUUCAAUAACAACCAACCAGGAUGGCAAAUAAGAAGAAAGUUAUAGUCACAGGCUUUGAGCCAUUUGGAGAACAUGCUGUGAACUCCAGCUGGGUGGCAGUACAGGAACUGGAGCGUUUGGGGCUGGAUGAGGCUGUAGAUCUUUAUGUAUGUGAGGUGCCUGUGGAAUACCAGGCAGUGCAGAGUCUUCUUCCAUCUCUGUGGGAACAACACCUACCACAGUUAGUAGUCCAUGUUGGUGUGUCAGGUUUGGCAACCACAGUCACUCUGGAACAGUGUGGCCACAACAAGGGGUACAAACGCCCGGACAACUGUCGCUUCUGCCCAGCUUCGCAAUGCUGCAUGGAGGACGGGCCCGACUGCAUCAGCUCUCUGCUGGACAUGGACACAGUCUGCGAGAGGGUCAAUGACUCAAACGUAGGGGUCGCUGUGUCAGUGUCCAAGGAUGCUGGAAGAUACCUGUGCGACUACACCUACUACUCAUCUCUGUUCCUGGGUCACGGCCGCUGUGCCUUCAUCCACGUGCCUCCGCUGGGAAAACCCUACAGCAGCCAGCAGCUGGGCCGAGCCCUUCAGGCUGUAGUACAGGAGAUGCUGACGCUCCUGGAGGUGGCGAACACUGAGGAGGAGGAGCAAUGUAAACAUUCACAUUAACAGCAGCAUGGCUACCUCUGACGCCUAAGAUUAUCUCAUUGGUAUUAUUCCUCACACGAUGAUGGUGUGACACUUUUAAACUACAUAUAGAGAUGAUUUAUGAGAUUGAUAUUGGUUUAAGGAACCUGAAAUUGAUACUUUUAAAGCCUGUAUGAAGGUUUGUUUUGACAAACAUCCUUGUUUUUUUUUUUCUUCUUCACCAUUUCCAUGCACUUCUAUUGCACCAUACGAGUGUUGCUUCUGACAUGAAAAAAAAAAAGUCACUGCAAUGAGGAUUUACUGAUCUCAGGGAGAAUACUGAACAUGCAAUCAAUAUUUAAAGUUAAUGAUUCAAUGUGUCUGUGAUUUAUGCAGAAAGUGGCUGCAUUAUGGUAUAUUAAAAUAUAUUGCAGUA